AGUUAGCUACAUUCCAUCCAAAUAGGCAAAACAUAGCAACUCUCUUGACUUGCCCAAAACUUCUUUACUUUUAACAAAUGGAGGAUCUUGAUCAAACUUUCAUCCAAGCACCAGAGCAUAGAGCAGAUUCCAACUCCAUCCCUAACCAACCCGAAGAAAUACCCGUGAUCGAUCUCUCACGUCUCAACGACCCUGAAGAUAUCCAAAAGAGAGACGAGGUGAAUCCAGCAGGGUAUCAUGAUGGAGAACACACGAAGAACGUUAGAGAUUGGAAAGAAGUGUUUGAUAUUUAUUUCAAAGAUCCAAUGGUUAUGCCUUCUUCCACAGAUCCUGAAGAUGAAGGUUUAAGAGUUGUUUACAACAAGUGGCCUCAGUUUCCUUCUGAUUACAGGGAGGCAUGUCAGGAAUAUGCAGGCCACGCUGAAAAACUAGCGUUCAGACUCUUAGAACUCAUCUCAUUAAGCUUAGGCUUACCAAAAGAGCGUUUUCAUGAUUACUUCAAAGAACAAAUGAGUUUUUUCAGGAUAAAUCGUUAUCCACCAUGUCCACGGCCUGACCUAGCUCUAGGUGUAGGCCACCACAAAGACGCAGAUGUUAUAAGUCUAUUGGCUCAAGACGACGUUGGAGGGCUACAAAUUAGUCGCAGAUCGGACGGUGUUUGGUUUCCUAUUAGACCCGUUCCUAAUGCUCUUGUCAUCAAUAUUGGCAAUUGUAUGGAGGUAUGGACAAAUGAUAAGUAUUGGAGUGCAGAACAUAGAGUGGUGGUGAACUCAACAAGGGAAAGAUACUCAAUACCGUUCUUCUUGUUGCCUUCACAUGAUGUGGAAGUGAAACCAUUAGAAGAGCUUCUGAGUCCUGAAAACCCUCCAAGAUACAAAGGAUAUAAAUAUGGCAAGUUUUAUGUCAGCAGAAACAGAAGCGAUUUUAAAAAACUUGAGAUCCAAAACAUUCAGAUCGAUGACUUUAAAGUUGUAACUUAGUAUUACUGGUACUAUGUGUGAAUUUGUUUUAUGAAGCUGUGAUCUUAUAAUGUAAGCCCUUAAUGUAAUAAUGUGUGUGAGACUUGAGUCUUGUCAGAAACAAUAAAUUUGAUAAUGUUUAAUGAAAGUUUGUGAGGUUUUGGUGACAA